AUGGAGUCUAAAAGUAUGGAAAAUGGCACAUCCUCCUCACAGUUACAAACUCAAAUAACUAACUUUUCAGAGUCUCCCACAGUUCCAGCUAAGCAACAACAGAAAUUUAACGCAAGACAAUUUUGGCCGGAUAUAAUAAAGACUCCGGCAAAUCAAUGGAUAUUCACUUGUAAAGAGAUUAUUGAUCGAUUGAAUACAAUUAAUGAAAAACAAAAUAUUCCAAUCAAUGAAACUGAAAAGAUUAUGGAAAAAUGUCUGUUAUAUUUUUAUACUCUGAAGAAAAAGUUGAAUUUGUUCGAUCACACUUAUACUGCCUCAAGUAUUCUAUUCUUCAGGUUUUGGUAUAUUAAUGGGUUGCCAAGCAAUUUAUUAACUUGUAUUCAUAUAUCACAAGCUAUUCUAGUAACUGCUUGUAAAACAACAGAAAAUAAUAGACCAUUAGAUGCCUAUGUGAAGGCCACUUGUGAAUUUUUGUUCCAAACUAUACCCAAUUUGAAACAAAGGUUUAAUAUGGAUAAAUUAAAAUGGGAAGUAAAGGAUAAAUUAAUUGAAAAUGAGAAAAGAAUACUUUGUAUAUUUGGUUUUGAUUUGAAUAUUGACAACCCAAAAGAAAUUAUUGAAGAUAUGUUUAGUGGAUACUAUAGGUAUAAUAGAGAUUAUGAUUUGCCACAAGAGUUUAUGAAAAUAUUUCCUAAACUUUUACAAGAAGCAAGAAAUUUUAUUAUUCAGGCUGUGACACAACCAAUAUCAUUGUUAUGUGAUGGAUAUACAUUUGUUGCUCUAUCGUUACUAUACUGUGGUUUACAAUAUAAAGAAAAAGUAGAUAAUGAAUUUAGAUAUCCAAAAAAUUUCUUUCAAGGAAGAUUACAUAUAUUCAUUGAUCCAGAAAAGUUUCAGAAUCUUUUCACAGAUUAUAGAAUACUAGAAGAGAAUUUUUUUGAUUUGAAAAGUAAUAAAGGCAAUAAAUUACAAAUUAAAAAAGAAACAAUUUUGUCAGUAAUAGAUGAAGAUGCGAAGCAGAAUGAAAAUGAAAAAACUAACAAUAACGCGGAAAUCAGUUUACAUUUAUACUCUCAAAAUUAUGAAAGUAUUAAGUCGGGUGAAGUUACUAAUGAAUUAUUAGAGUAUCUUGAUACUAGAGUGAAUGAGUUAGAAGAAAAGACAAUCUUAGAUAACCAAAAACGUUCUUCUAAUGAUACAUUAAAUGAAGAAGUCAUCAUUAGUAAAAAAAUGAAAAUAUAA